AUGCCAGCAAGGUUUGCGUUUGAUCCGUCUGUCAUCCAGCUGAGAAGCGUGCUGAGCAAAUGGAUGGCAUUGAAGGCACGUCAUCGGAUCAUCGAGCCAUCGAGUCUCUGGCGGUGUGCAUGGGCCGAGGAGUUCACGAAUCACGAGGGCGUCGCCGAGGCGACGUCUUUCAAGUCCUGUCCUGUGAAUCCCAUCUGGCGCGCGAAACGCUGA